CAAGAUGGAGACGGCGAUCCGGUGGCUUCGCUGUUAGCUCGUCGACAGCAAUCGCGAUGUGGCUGAUCCGACGUCUUUAGCGCCGAUAGCGAGGAGUGCAGCCUGGCCCGAGAUCCGCGUUUCGAGGUGAUGGAGUGACGUCGUUUGGAAAACACGCAGCACUUUGAGGGAUAUUGAGGAUUGUAACCGGUAAACCAGAGGAGGAGGAGGAGGAGGAGGAGGAGGAGAAGAAGAAAAACAACCGCCAAUGUUCAUCAUCACAAACUCAUUUUGAGUGAGAGGGGCAGAUCGAUAUGGCGCUGAGAGAGUUAAAAGUUUGCCUCCUGGGGGACACCGGCGUUGGAAAGUCGAGUAUUGUUUGGAGAUUUGUGGAGGACAGCUUUGACCCGAACAUCAACCCUACAAUUGGGGCGUCCUUCAUGACCAAGACAGUGCAAUACCAAAACGAACUGCACAAGUUCCUCAUCUGGGACACGGCCGGACAGGAGCGGUUUCGGGCUCUUGCGCCGAUGUACUACAGAGGGUCGGCGGCAGCCAUCAUCGUUUAUGACAUCACGAAAGAGGAUUCCUUCCAAACACUAAAGAACUGGGUGAAGGAGCUGCGCCAGCACGGCCCCCCGAAUAUAGUGGUCGCCAUCGCUGGCAACAAAUGUGACCUGUCGGACGCCAGGGAAGUGCCAGAGAAGGAUGCCAAGGACUACGCCGACUCCAUCCAUGCCAUCUUUGUAGAAACCAGUGCCAAGAACGCCAUUAACAUCAACGAGGUGUUUAUAGAGAUAAGUAAGCGCAUCCCUGUGGUCGACGCAGCAGGAGGACCUCCAGGAAAAGCUUUCAAACUGGGACGUCAGGCCUCGGAGUCUCGCAGAACGUGCUGCUGAUGAUGAUCCCAGCAACUUUCCCCCCUCGUGACCUGUGACCUGACCUCUGCUUACCCUCUGUGUCCUGCUUCAGCUUCCAGCCACCACGCGCCUGCAACAACCCUGCCGACGCGAGUCCUGGGACGCGCAAGUGACAGUAGCAAAUUUUUUGGUGUCACUCCAACAAACCAACAAAAAUCUUCGUGUGUCGUGCGAAGUUGCUGGCUUCAGAAAAAACACGUUUUCUGGGCAUUGCCUGCAUUAAAACAUCAAUGAUGUGUAAGUAAAAAAAAAAAAAAAAAAGACAGACCCUUCUAUCAUGGACAUCAAAAUGAGAUGAAACUUUACAGAUUAAUGAAAUCAAUUGUACAUGUACAUUUGUAAAGAUCUACCUUUUAUACCAAAAUAUGGAGUAAAAAACAGCCAAAGUCCACCAAAUGAUUUUGAUAGCACUGAAGUUGUUGUCUUUUGCAUAAUAAUAAUGUUUUGUGGAGGGUCUAUCAUUACGGUUAACACCUAUAAUCCCUAAUUUCUAUUUAAUGAAGACGAUCAUGGUAUUCAUCGUUGUUUGUAAGCGAUCGUGCAGGCUACAUAUCAGUUUUACCGUGUGAUUGAUGUUUUCAUCAAGAUGCAUUUUUAAGGCAAAAUGCCAAAUGGGUGUUUUGAAGUAAACCGCAAUCCCACUGUAAAAAAUGUGAAAGUGAAAGGUGUGUGGGAUUUGACUUCUUUUACAUUAAAGGAAUAGUUUGCAUGGGUAUAGAUGAGAAUAGCACGUGUUUGUAGGCUCAAUAUGAAGCUGCAGCUAGCGGUCAGUUAUCUUCGCUCAAAGACUAAAAAUACAGGAACGUGGCAACAAAGAAUGCCUGACGCUCACGAACUAAAAUGUUAUAUCUGAAAAGAGCAGCUGUCUUAUGCUAAGCUAACCAGCUGCUAGCUAAUACGUUUAAUAGACAAUUAUGAGAACGGUAUCUUUUAACCAUUAUAGCAAAUCGCUGUAUUCCAUGAAACAAACUAUUACUUAAUUGUGAUCCAAGCCUCUGUACAUUUUCAUAAGUUGUUGUAAAAUCUCAAUUUUGAGUCCAAAACUCCCAACACGUAUUAUUAUAUAUGAUAACAGCUCUGGCUUCCCACCUGUGCUGAACACCUUCUCUUGUAAUUACUGAAAUAGAAUCAACUGAACCCAGACGUCUACACACAGUAUAGUUCCUUACCAAUAUCCCUUUGGCUCCCUUUUGCUCUAAUCUUAUUUUUUUUUGUUUUUGUUUUGUGAGGUCUUGCCAAAUGAAAUGUUGUUUUAGUACCUGGCCUGAGAUGAAAACAUUGAAAUCUGGUAACUAGGCCUCUCUGAGGUUAUAGGUCCCGGAUCAGACGUGGCGCUGUGUCGACAUGAUGACCCCUUAAUGAACCCUGGUCCACUUUCUCCUCUGAAUUACUGUAUGGGCUUCUUUUUCCCCAGGUCUUUUCAUGUUUUGUUUCAAACAUGUGGGUCUUUCUUACGUUCAUUACUACUCUAUGAUCCGUGCUAUUUAACAGUAGUUUAAUUCGCCUCAUAUAUUGUCCUAAUUGAGCUCCAGUUGACUCGGGCCACAGACUUAUUAAUUUUGUGUAAUUCCAUACUGGUCUCUGGAGCCUUUUUAGCCCCUAAAGCUCUUUUCAGUUGCCAAAAAAUAGAGAUUUGAGUUUAAUCAGCCUUUCCAGGUUAAUACAUUUGGAUCGUGUGCUCCCGUGUCAGUGAAAGCCACUUAAUUUGUCUUUAAGCAUCCUAAACGCAGCUGUUAUUGAUGAUUUGUGUGCAAAGCAGUGCUGCCUAUAUCUUUUGUGCAAUAGUGGGAGGUAGAAAUGUGACAUAAACCAAAAAGAAAAAACUAUUACAAAGGGAUAAUGUUCCCACAGGGAAGCAGUGUGCAAAGAUCUCAUUCCAGUAGUCUCAAACAGAUAAUAAUGUAUAUUUACCUCAUUUUCAGCUGAUUUGAUGACCGUUUUGCUCGUGAGCAGUGUUAUGUGGUGACGAAAUCCUUUGGAAAGCAGAGUGACAUGUUAGGUCAAAACCUAAACUGAAAAUCCCUCUGGUACUUCGACUGACUGCUGCACUUUGAUGGACUGUUUGUAAUUGGUCUUAAUUACCAGGUAUCGCUCCGUGUCCUGCUAUUAUCCACGAGAAAUAACUUGAUGAAAGAUUCUUGUAAUGGUGUUAGACUCCUUCAUGCUACUUGGAGGUUAUCUUUGUUUUGACUGUUUGCUCAGUUCUUAUUGCUAUAAAGAAAUGGUGCCAAAUAAUGCCAACGCCAUUUUACCACACGCAAGAUAAUUAGCCUUUUUUUUAUUGUCAAUGUAACACAAUGAUUUAACAGUUCAAGCUUGGUCAUAACUAAUGUUUUCCCCUUAUUUUAAAACAAAGCAUGGAUAGAAAUUGUGGGCCAGGUUGGCAUUGAAAAAUAUCAAUAGUCCCGGGCUGGACCUGGGAAAGUGAUUAAUCAAUAUUAUGUUUAUUUUUCAGUGUAAAUAUAUACCAUCACAUUGCACAAAAAUCAAUGGCUGAAUUCUUAGCCAGUUCUAUGACCACAAUAGACUCGCAAACGGUUUGAAGUAACUCCGUCUGCAUUGUAGUUACCAUAUAUAGCUUUUUACUAUACAUUUCGUAUUGAUUGUAACAAAAUGCCAGAAAAAAAAACGUGCCUGCAGUGUAUUCACAAAUGUGUUAAAAGGGAAUUGUCAAUUUGUUUGCUAAUAAAAGAUUGAUAAAGAUA